CGUGAAACGCAGACGCAGAACGUUCUGUACCAUGGCGGGCACUGGCUUGGUGGCCAGAGAGGCGGUAGUGGGUGCGCUUCUGUACUAUGAGCAAGGCUAUAAGGCGCCAGGAGUGCGGGAAGCAGCUGCGGCGCUGGUAGAGGAGGAAACUCGCAGAUACCGACCUACGAAGAAGUACCUGAGCUACUUAACAGCCCCAGAUUAUUCUGCUUUCCAAGGUGACAUAAUGAGAAAUGAAUUUGAAAGACUGGCUGCUCGACAACCAAUUGAAUUGCUCAGUAUGAAACGAUAUGAGCUUCCAGCCCCUUCCUCAGGUCAGAAAAAUGACAUCACUGCAUGGCAAGAAUGUGUCAACAACUCUACGGCCCAGUUAGAGCACCAAGCGGUUCGAGUUGAGAAUCUGGAGCUAAUGUCACAGCACGGAUGUAAUGCCUGGAAAGUAUAUAACGAAAAUCUAGUUCACAUGAUUGAACGUGCACAGAAAGAGCUUCAGAAGUUAAGGAAACAUAUUCAAGAUUUAAACUGGCAGCGCAAGAACAUGCAACUCACAGCUGGAUCUAAAUUGAGAGAAAUGGAGUCAAAUUGGGUGUCACUGGUCAGUAAGAAUUAUGAGAUUGAACAGACUACUGUACAACUAGAAAAUGAAAUCUAUCAAAUUAAACAGCAACAGGGAGAGACAAACAAAGAAAACAUCCGGCAAGACUUCUGA